AUGGACAUCAACUUCCAGAUAGCACAAGUCUCAGAGCAUGUAUGGAGCAUUCUUGAGGAGGAUACUCGUAGAUGCUACCCUCUUUCCUACUUGAUAACUGGCGAAGAUAAAGUACUUUUAAUCGACACUGGUUGUGGGUGUGGAAAUAUCUAUUUCUACAUUAGACAACAACAACAACGCCUUAUUGAAAAGAAAAAGAUUAUCGUGGUGAACACUCACAAUCAUCCUGAACAAACCGGUGGGAAUUUUCGAUUUUCUACAGUCGGCAAACUUGGACUCUCACAUAUGGUCGAAGAUCUUUGUGCAUCCGGCAAAGAUCCAUAUUAUACUAAAUUAAUGAACAGCAAUUGGCACUGGCAGAUAAACCAAUACAAGGUGACGAAAUGGUUGAAGGAUGGAGAUGAAAUUCUGCUUGGAAACGCCAAGGAUGCCCGAAAUGUUGUUCAGGUUAUAUGGACUCCUGGGCAUACACCUGAUAGCCUUGUACUAUGGUAUCCAAACGACAACAGAUUGUUUAUUGGAGAUCUCUUCUACAGAUUCGCUGAUAUAAUGCUUUCGUAUGAGCAUACGAACAUCAAAGACUACGAGAGUUCUAUAAGAAGGAUACUCUCCUUUGUUAUGAAACAGCGAGAACCAAAAAAGCUACGUUACUCCGCUGCUAAAAAUGACACGGAUAACGAAUGUCUACCCGCCUUCAAGCAUUUUCAUCGUUUUAUAUUGUCUGUACUUGCCGGAACACACAUCGGAUUUCCCCUAAGGAUCGAUGAAGCCGAAGGAUGGCGCUUCGAGACACGAGAUAAGGCCAUGAGGAUCAUUUUAGGGAGAGAUAUAGUGAAACGUCUCAAUCAAGCAAGAGAAAAAGCUCAACAAUAA